UUCAUGAUAACCUUUAUUUUACAAAUCAUAUAGAUGAAAGCCGAUUAAAGUGGGGCUGAACUGGGAAGCUGCUUUCAUUAAUUUGUUGCUGAAAUUAGCUGACUGCAAGACCUACAGAAUACGACUACUAGAGAAUAAGCUAGCCAUCCAUCAUUGAUCAGAGGUUCAAACCACAUUCAUCCAAUCUGAAAAUCUGAUCCCAUAUUCCAGAGAGGCCAAUGGAGAAUAUUCAACAUUUCAGCCACCGUCAUCCCUUGACGUUAGUCCUCCUUAACAAAGUGGAUGGUGAUCUUGGUCGCUGUAAAAUAUGCUAUCAAAUAAUAGAACGGGUUUCUGAUGAUGGUUACGGAUGCAAAGAGUGCGGUUUCUACAUACACAAGUCAUGUGUUGUAUUUCCCAAUGAGUUGCAGCAUCCCUCACAUCCCAAACAUCUUCUUCUCCUCAAACUACAUCGUUAUGAAGAUUGUGCUAAUUGCAACUCCAAUCAGUUCGACUUUAAAUAUAAGUGUCCUCAUUGUCAUGAGUUUUAUCUUUGUCCUGAAUGUGCAUUUCUACCGCUCACCAAAAAGGUUGAAAAUCAUGACCACCCAUUGACCCUUAUAGAGAAAUUAUCGUCAUUCAUGUGUGAUCAUUGUUUGAAGGGAGCCAAUGGUAUGCUUUACUUUUGUCUCACCUGUUCAUUUAUGGUCCACUCAAAAUGUACAUCUUCACCAUCGAUUGAAUGGUCGCCCACCAUACAAGCUGCAAUUCACAGCCAUUCAUUGACCCUUCAUAAAAAAAUUUUCUCAUUCACUUGCGAUGCUUGUGGGAAUGAAGGCAAGGAAGCAUUUUACUUUUGUGCCACUUGUUUAUUUGUGGCCCACCUAGAUUGUGCCCUUUUACCAUCAAUCGUCAAAGUAAAAAGGCACAAGCACCCUCUCAAUCUCAUCUACUCUCUUCCAGCCGACCAAUCUAAACGUAGAAUAGUGUGCCAACUAUGUGCUAAGACGGUGGACACGAACUACUGGCUCUACUGUUGCUCAAGCCACGAUUUUGUUGCUCACCUUCAUUGUGCUACAAAGAAGGAAGAGAUAGAUGAAACAUUUGUGCCGAACUCUAAAGAAGAUCACAAUGAUAAAUCUAUUGACUUAUUACCUGCAUAUAUUGUCAAAAAGACCAAAUCAGAAGGAGACGGAACUGAAAUACAUACAGAAAUCGAGCAUUUUAGUCAUGAGCAUGACUUACAACUCACCGAUCAUGGGUCUGGGAUCGACAAAAAGUGCGAUGGGUGCAUAAGGUCUAUCUGUCCCCCAUUUUAUGAAUGUGCUCAAUGUGAAUUCUUUCUUCACAAAUCGUGUGUUGAAUUACCAACAGAAUUGCGAAGCUCACUUCAUCGACACCCCCUCAAGUUGAUCUUCUUGGGAGAACGAAAGCUUUCAAUUAUUUGUGAUGCUUGUAGGCAUCUAUGUAAUGGCUUCGUUUAUCAUUGUGCGGAAUGCGACUUUGACCUUGAUGUCCAAUGCAGUUCAAUCCCUGAUAUACUUAAGGUACAUCCUAGUCACAAAUAUGACCACCAACUAAUUCUUGCUAACUCAUCAGAAUACAAUACUUGUAGUUCUUGUGGAUCAAAGGGAAGAUAUAAUUUUAGUUGUGUUGAUUGUAAAUUCACUCUCGACUUCAAGUGUUUGACACGACCGCGUACGAUGAACUACGAGAAUCAUGAUCAUCCAUUCACACUUUGUUAUACUUUAGAAGAUGACUCUGGUGAAUAUUAUUGUGAUAUUUGUGAAAAAGAGCGAGAUCCAAAGAGUUGGUUCUAUUAUUGUGCUGAUUGCAGUUAUCCUACUCAUCCUGAAUGCAUUCUCGGUAAUCAUCCAAGGAUCAAGUUUGGAAAAACUUUCAAAUUUGAUUUUCACCAGCAUCCUCUUACUUUGGUUGAGAAGACACAUGCUAAAUGCUCGAGAUGUGGUAGUUUGAUUAAUGAAGGUUUCGCUUAUGAAUGUGCCGAGUGUAAUUUCAUUGUUCAUUGUCCAAGGUGCUAAGAAGGAAAUUGAGAGAAAGACAAUAUGGUUGGCAUUUACAUGUAAUAGAAAUUACAUGAAGAAUUGUUGUAAAGAUCACUUCAUGUGUAUCCACUUAUUACUUCCUUGUUGAUCAGAAAUUAA